ACAGUUUAUUCAAAUUAAAGUAGAAUUAUCCUUGAAAUUCAAUAAAAAAAUGAAUGUCUUGAAUUUAAUUAAUGAACUACCGAAACUACUUCGGGAUUCACAUUCUGACCAAAAAUAUAUUUUCCUUUUUCGUGAACUUGAAAAUGAUAAAAUAAAGUGCUAUUCGUACGCAGCAAGAGCAAUAUCUGUUGUUUGUCAGGAUAUAGAGAAAAAUCCUAAGUUUGAUGAAGUUUCUCUUCAGAGAUACACGGAUUUUAUACUUGAAAUUACUAAAUAUGUUAGCAAUAAAAAAUAUGAAAAAUUUAUGUUGCAAAAUAUUAAGUAUUUUGUUUAUUUCUUGCUUAAUGUUGGAGCAGAGGAACAGCUAAAAAAUUAUUUUAAAAAUUUUGUAAUUGGUGAAAUUUGCUGUGAAGAUUCAUAUAAGUUUUAUUUUGAAAUUGUUAAAAAUUGCCAGUUUUAUUUGUUGCAAAAGGAUGUCAAGCUUCAAUUAAAAUUUGAUUAUUGUCAAGAAAUAUGUUUUCAGAAUUUACAGCGUUGCAUGGAAGUGCCAGAUGAAGACCAAUUUUUGAAUUUCUUAACUGAAUUACUUAAUCAUGAAAGUUCUUUUAACACAUUAUCUAAAUGCCAAGAUGACGCUAACAACUUAAUAUUAUUUUGUAUCUCAAAAUUGAAAAACUUUUCGAACAUUGUAAAUUUAGAGGAUUUUUUUAUCUUGAUUACAAAAAUUUUCUUGAAUUUUAAUAAGUAUGAAAUUUUAUCAGAAUCAAAAAUUCUUUGGUCUGUGGAGUUGAUGAAAAAUAUUGUGCAGAAUAAAACUAUUAAAAAAAAUUCCUACCAUCAUUAUGCUUUGACUUUAGUACUUUACAUCAGCAGUCUGCGUACCAAGGAAUUUUCACAAUUAAAUUUAAAAGAUAUCCUACGAAAACAACUAAAACUUUUUGAAAAUAAUCAAAAUGCAACAUGGUACUAUGACAUACAAUGGACAUUUACUGAAUUGUUCACAAGGAACUCCAAAUUUAUUUUAAAAAAUAUUGAGGAGGAAAAUUUAAGGAUUUUGAUUGAAAUAUUAUAUAGAAAUAUUAAGCCUACUACAAUCAUUACAAGCUAUUCUAAGCAAAACUGUAGCCUUUGCAAAAAUUACCAAAGCCAUCAAAUUUUGAAUAUGUUCCAAAUAUUGGUUGAAAUUUAUGAACAUAUGGUCCAAUUUGAAAAUGAUAGCGAAAAAGGUAUAAGUCUUAUACAAUAUAUAAUGAGUUCGAUCAAAAAAAGUUAUAUAAACAUAUCACAAUGCAAAAGUAUGUAUGCGAUAUUUGCGAAGACGUUAUCAUAUUUUAAGAAAUUAAUUGCAAAAGUGAAAACUAUUAAAAUGGCCAAAGUUUCUAUUGAGUUCUUGCAUGUCAUGAAUUGUGGAGCAUUUAUUCAGAAUAUACAAGAUAAAAUAAUUAACGCAAGGCUUUAUUUGCAUUUAUACACAAUCUUAAAUGAAAAACUAAAAAUUCUGGAAUUAUAUGCAGUAAUAUUAAAUUUAUCACCAAAAAACAGCGAAAAUAUUAAUUCGUACAUGGUAUCUUUUGUAAAACUAUUGAUCGAGCUAAAUAUGACAACGGUAACAAUAAAAGAAGUCUCGCAAAAUUGUCUUGGAAAAUUUUUGGACAACGAAAAUGUUGAUGAAAAUUCCUUUAACUUCUUAAUAAAAAAACAAUUAGUAGUAAUUACAACAUUUAAAUUAUUUACAAUGGAUAAAAUUGAAAAUUUACUUGAAAAGAUAAUUGAUGAAGAUAUUUUAACACAAUUAGACUUUGUCAUAAUUGUUAGGAAUCUAGAACAAUUGAUCAAGUCUAAAAAAGUACAUGAUAAAUUGGAAAGCAUAAGAAUUAUUGAAGAAAAAAGUUCAAUGAAUGAUUUACGAAAAUAUUUAAUUUUGGCUCAUUUGUAUAAAUAUGAUGCUCUUAGGAAAUUUGAAAAGUGUAAAAAUAUUUAUUCGUUCAAAAUCUCAACCGAAGAAGAUCUAACUGAAAUAAAUAUUAAGGAUUUUAAUAAAAUCAAUUUGAAUAAGGAAUGCGAGAAUAUCGAACCUGCAAUAUUAAGUUUACGUUAUUUCAAAAAUAUAUUUAAUAUUUUCGAUGAAGAAUGUCGCAAAACAAUUGAUAUUGACGCUAUUUUGGAUGAUUUAUCUUAUCUUGCAAGGCAUUUUCAAUUCCGUGGGUAUUUAGACUUAGCUACAGAUGCAUGGUUUCUUGUAUUAAAUUUCGCUAAGCAUUAUAAUAAUUGUGACUUAUAUAAAAUGAGAGCAUUAACAUUUUUUUGCAAGUAUAUUCAUUAUGAUAUAUUAGAAAAAUACGAUUUAUCUUUAGAAGAUGAACUUCAUUCUUUAUCCGAAAAAGUUUUGGAAAAUUAUAAAAAUUUGGAAACUUUAUCUCCACGAAAGCAAAACUAUGUUCUCCUAUAUUUACUGAAUGUGGCUUAUUAUUACGGUCACCAAAAUGACAUCAAAUCGCUGAAGGUUUUAAUAAAAAUGGUACAAAGUAAAUUGAAUGAAAUUAAAGAAAGAAAGUAUAAAUUUGAACUAGUUCGAGCACAUUUAGUUUCAUUAGAAUUAUAUUUUCGAAUUAACACUUUAGAAAAAUUGGUUGUAUCUCCUUUCAUUUUUAUUAGUCAUAUUUUAAGAGAACUGAAAGAAGUAGUUUACAUUACAUCUGAAGAUUCUUUAAGUAUGUCAUGUUUUUUGAUAGAAUUACUGCAAAAUUUAACUUCGUUUUUACUCACAAUAUUUGAGACGAAAAUGAUAAUGUCUUAUUUGAUAUACGUUCUAUCAUUUUCAUUACAAUAUGGAAUAACCCUAAGAAUUACACAAUUAUUUUUGAUUUGGACAAAAAUUAGCUUGCAAAAUGGGGAUGUAAAUCCUGCUUUACUAAAAUUAUUAAUUUUGGAGAAAUUGAUAUUAGAAAGUGAGGCAGAUAAUGUCCCAAUUGACAAAUAUUUUAAUGAAGCUAUUGAAACCACAAAAAAUGUUAAUGGCUUACGAAGUAUGCAAAUACUUGUUGGAGAACAAACAGUAGAGGAGACUCGAAAAGCCGUUCAAAAAAUUAGUUUAUCAGAAAAACCUUUAGUUUUCUUUCAAGAAUUACAGCACAAAGAUUUCUUAAAAUACCUAAUAAAACAUAACAAGUCAUGUAUGUGUAACAUAUGUAAAUUUCCAGUUUACAAAUUUUUUAUUUUUGAAAUUGGUUCUUCUUACAUGAAGUUGAAUAUAUUAGGGAAAAAGGAUCGUUUAAUGAUAAGCUUGUUUUUAGAAAAAUCGUUAGAAUGGUUUUCUAAAAUUGACGAUACAUGUAUUAAAAGAAUGUUUGAAGAAACUGUUUUUCAUCUAUACGUUGACAAUAUUAUGUGGUUCCGUUCAAAUGAAAAGUACUCAGAAGCUCUUGACUAUUGCGAAUUAGCAAGUAAAUUUCUAGAACGUAUAAGAAAUAAUCAUAACAACAGAAUUUGGAAAGUUGUAGAACAUUAUUGUGCACUCCAAUCUAAUUCAUCAGUCAGCGAGACAAACGUAUUAAAGAGUCCGACGGGUAAAAAAAAUAUACGCUGUAAAUCAAGGAAAAUUUAAAAUUUUCUAAAAAAAAGUUAUGAAAGUUCAAUUUGCUACAUUCAUAUUUGUAUUAUUUCCUUAAUUGAAUUUUCUGUUUAAAAUAAUAUUAUAUUUCAUAAAUUAAA